UAUACACAGUCCUAGUCAUGUCCGUGUUUUCAUUUUAAUCUAAUAUUUUAAAAUGAAGAUUUUGUUGGUAAUUUUCGCUGCAGUCAUAUCGGCCAAUUGUAAUCCGUGUCAAUUUUACGAUUUGCUGACUUGUGCAGACUUUCUUGGAUCAUGGAAAUUCGUUGAAUUAUGUGAAAAAGCUCAUGUUACGCAUGAAUUUACAAAAGGAAAUGAUAGCAAAACUCUGUUUCUGCCUUCAAGAGGUGCACUGGACAGUAUUCCAUCAGCAAUCAUGGAGAUGAUGUCUAAAAAUAAAACAUUUUUAAAAGAAACAAUUAUGUACCAUUUAGUUCCUCAGAAACUUCAAUGUAACAAUAUGAAAGACAACAGUUUAUUGCCAACUUUCCAAGGAGAACAAUUACGAGUUAACAGAUACACAUCAGAACAGGACAACAAAACUUUAAUAACAGUAGAAGGUGGUGAGUACAUGAACGUUGAGGACAGGACAAAGAAUGGAAGGAUAUGUGUUAUACAUCAUGUAUUAUAUCAGAUUCCAACUAAAACAGCAUACAAAUAUAUAUCUGAAGACCGCAAUGUAAGCACAUUUCUCUUACUUGCAUCUAAAGCUCAGGAUUUGGACACUUUUAAAGGACCUAACAUGACUGUUUUAGUACCAGACAAUGCAGCAUUUUCCAAAUUAGCUCCUGGUGUUUUGCAAAAUAUCACAAGUAAUCCAGAAUUGCUUAAAGGAGUUCUGUCAAACCAUAUGGCUGAUGAAGUGUUUUUCACUGAAGGUCUUACUCACUUACGGAAAUUUACAGCUAAAUCAGGCACGUCUUUUCCAGUGGACAUUAAAGAGAGAGAAGUGUAUAUAGGUUCAGCUAAGAUAAUCAACGCAGAUGUACCAACUUUGAACGGUGUGGUUCAGAUCAUAGACACAGUUUUGGUAGAAACAUAGAGGGAUGAUAUUAUUGAAAUGAUGAAUUUUGAAUUAAAGAUAACUUAAU